AUGCCAGGGGAUGAGUUGUCAGAGGAUCACCUGUGUGCCCAGAAUGGCCGGGAUGAAUAUGAAGCUCAAACACUGCUGUCUGCCUCAAGUGAGGAGCAGGAUCUAGCUUUCCACCCGGAACCUCUCCCGUCGCCGAUCCCCUCACGUCACGCGACAAAUGGCAAACGCCACUCCUCAAUCUCUCAACCUGCGGUCGAUGGACAGCGCCGCACACCCCGUACCAUGAAUCGAGUUCGAUUUGACAUAGAAGAAGAGCCCGAAAACCCCAAUCGCAAUCCAAUUGAGCGUGCUCUUAGCCCAGACGGCACCCCAGACGACACACUAUGGCUGGAGGAUGAGGACUACGAACUUGGCAAUCGGGGCCCAGGAAUGCACCACAGUGGACAAUCAAUUCCUCUUCUCACAAAUAUUGAAGCGCCUAGUGUGACACUUGCGACAUCGGACGAUUUCUUUCCCGAAGAGUAUCUCGAAGAUGCGCGGCCGCGGAGUGGGAUGAAAAUGGCGUUCAUGAACAUGGCCAACAGCAUCAUUGGGGCUGGAAUCAUUGGGCAACCUUAUGCGCUUCGUCAAGCAGGCAUGACACUGGGGAUUUUGCUGCUGACUGCUUUGACCAUCACAGUGGACUGGACCAUUCGAUUGAUUGUAAUCAACUCCAAACUGAGUGGAGCGGAUUCAUUCCAAGCGACUAUGCAGUACUGCUUUGGGAAAAGUGGCCUUAUCGCGAUCUCCAUUGCGCAGUGGGCAUUUGCAUUCGGCGGCAUGGUCGCAUUCUGUAUUAUUGUUGGCGAUACCAUUCCCCACGUUCUAGGCGCUUUGUUUCCGUCUCUCAGGGAUAUGUCCUUCCUAUGGCUCCUCACAGAUCGCCGGGCCGUUAUUGUUAUCUUUGUUUUAGUUGUUUCAUACCCAUUGUCUUUGUAUAGGGACAUUGCCAAGCUGGCCAAAGCAUCCGCCUUGGCAUUGGUCAGCAUGAUAAUCAUUGUUGUCACGGUCAUAACUCAGGGCUUUCGGGUCCCGCCUGAAUCGCGCGGAGAAAUCAAAAGCCACCUCAUAUUCAACACUGGCUUUUUUCAGGCUGUCGGUGUUAUUUCUUUUGCUUUUGUUUGUCACCACAACAGUCUUCUGAUAUACGGCUCAUUGAAAAAGCCAACACUGGACCGUUUCACCCGAGUCACACAUUACUCAACAGGAAUCUCUCUGGUGAUGUGCCUAGCAAUGGGUAUUGCAGGGUUCCUGUCCUUCGGGUCUAAAACUCAGGGGAACGUUCUGAACAACUUUCCAUCAGACAAUAUCGUCGUCAACAUCGCACGAUUUUGCUUUGGCCUAAACAUGUUGACCACACUACCACUCGAGGCGUUCGUUUGCCGCUCCGUCAUGAUAACCUACUACUUCCCCGACGAACCGCACAACCCCGUUCGGCAUGUUAUCUUCACAACAGCACUGGUGGUGACUGCAAUGGUGCUGUCCUUGAUAACAUGUGAUCUGGGAAGUGUGUUUGAGCUCAUUGGCGCCACUAGUGCUGCUGCUCUAGCCUAUAUAUUCCCUCCUCUCUGUUACAUCAAGCUUAGCAGUGCUACACGGCGAGAAAAGAUCCCGGCGUAUUUAUGCAUUUGCUUUGGGGUGGUUGUGAUGGGUGUCAGUAUAGUGCAGGCGGUCGUCAAGAUCAUUCGAAAUGAUGGCGAGGCCCAUACUUGCAGUGCCCCCUAG